AUGGCAGCUGCAAAGGGAGGCGGGCGGGCUGCUCGCUGGCCUGGAGACGCCGCUUCUCCUCGGCUGCUCCCCUCGAGGGCCCGCCGCUGCUCUCACUUCCGCAGCCUGCAAAGGGACCGGGCAGGGGCGGAGGGAGGUGGUGCUGCUGAGCCCAGCCGGGCCCUUGGGAGGGUGGCCACUUGCUGCCGGCCUUCGUGGACGCUCCCCGUGGAAACCGGAGCAGAGCGUGUCAGUGUGCGGGUGUGCGCAUAUUGCGCCGCUGCAGCCCCGAGGGAAAGGGAGGGGAGAGGAGGCGUUGCGCAGGGCAGGGGGCAGCAGGGCCGGGUCGGGGCGGCAGCGGUGGGGCGGCGUGGUGGAAAGCAGGGCCCCGCAGCCAGGCCCAGUGCCAGCAGCACCGCCGGCAGUCCCGAGGCCGCGGCCAGCAGCUGCCCGCGCCGUCCGAAGCCCCUCGCCGGCGGCCGGCCCCAGCAGCCGCUGGUCGAAGGCCAGCAGCCCCGAGAAAAAGGGAGGGGAGGGAAGGCUGCCCGGGACCGCCGGCGAGGGCCGAUCGAGACAUUCGACCCCGCCAACCCCGAGGCCUGGGAGUCCUACGCGGAGCGGGUCGAGUUCUACCUAAGGGCCAACAAGGUCACCGACGCAGGCUCAAAGAGGGACGUUCUCCUGAGCAUCUGCGGGCCAGCCACGUUCGAGAUCGCCAAGGGUCUCUCGGCUCCCGCCCGCCUCACGGAGAAGUCCUACGAGGAGAUCAUCAGGCUCCUCACCGGCCAUUUCUCGCCACAGCCUUCGCAGGUGGCCCGUCGGUUCCUGUUCCACAGAAGAGACCAGGCCGUGGGGGAAUCGGCCGCCGAUUACCUGGCGGCUCUCCGCAAGAUCUCGGCGGAGUUCCAUUCCACGGACUCCACGUCCCUUCAGGUACUGAACUUGCCCCUCGCCACCCCCGAUAAAAUUAAAGUGGCAGUCCUCAUCGAAGGGAACCCCUGCCAAAUGGAGGUGGACUCAGGUUCCUCCAUUUCCCACAUAGCGGAGGAGACCCUGAGGGAACUGUGCCCCCGGCAGCGGCUGCAACUACGGCCGGCGAACUUCAUACUCCGGGACUUUCAGAAGAAUCCGGUGCAAAUCGCGGGGUGGGCGCGGGUGCAAGUCGAGCGGGGGUCCUUCUACGGCCCGCUGGACAUCCUGGUGGUAAAGCGCCAGCUCGCCACCCUGCUGGGACUGGCGUGGUUCAAACCCUUGGGAAUCCGGGUGGAAGGGGUGGGGCAAACCCUAACACCCAGGGGGUUCGGGGAGAUAUGCCAAGAGUUCCCUGACGUGUUCGAUGGGUCUCUAGGGAGCUACAAAGGGCCGGCCAUCUCCCUACCGCUAGACCCCACGGUCCGGCCGAUUCGGCUCAAGGCGAGGAGGGUCCCGUUCGCUUUAAAGCCAAAAAUAGAGGCCGAACUAGACCGCCUCACAGCCCAGGGAGUCCUGGAGCCUGUGGACUAUGCCACCUGGGAGACCCCCAUCGUAACCCCCAUCAAGCCAAACGGGGAGGUGCGGAUCUGUGCAGACUAUAAAUGCACGAUAAACAAGGCACUGCAGGAUAACCCCUACCCAGUGCCGGUGGUAAGCCACGUUCUGGCUGCCCUAGCGGGGUCCAAGAUCUUCGGGAAGCUGGACCUGGCACAGGCCUACCAACAGCUCCCGGUAGAUGCUAAGACGGCGGAAGCCCAAACGAUAGUGACACACAGGGGGGCCUUCAGGGUGAGGAGGCUCCAAUUCGGGGUUAGCGUCGCUCCCGGGAUCUUCCAGAGUAUAAUGGACGCUCUCCUGAAAGGGAUCCCGGGAGUCCAGCCAUUUUUUGAUGACGUGCUAGUCGCCGCCCCGGACCCCGAAGAAUUCGGCAACCGCCUAAGAGAGGUGCUCCGCCGGUUCCAGGCUGCGGGGCUCAAGGUCAAGAGGGAGAAGUGCCUGCUGGGGGUUCCGCGGGUGGAGUUCCUGGGGUUCGCCGUGGACGCAGCGGGAAUCCACCCCACGGAAGAAAAGACACGGGCCAUCGUGCAAGCUCCGGCCCCCACCUGCAAAGCGGAGCUACAAAGCUUCUUGGGGGUCCUUAACUUUUAUCACUCAUUUCUCCCCCACAAGGCAGCCCUAGCAGAGCCCCUUCACCGCCUACUGGAUAAAAAAGCCCCUUGGGUUUGGGGCAAACGACAAGCCGCCGCGUUUCAGGCGGUCAAGGACGUUCUGGUGUCCAACGCGGUGCUCCACCAUUUUGACGAGGGCCUCCCCGUCAUCUUGGCUUGCGAUGCGUCGCCGUAUGGGGUGGGAGCAGUCCUGGGGCACCAACUCCCGGACGGGAGGGAGGUGCCGGUAGCGUACUACUCCCGCACACUGACACUGGCAGAGCGCAAUUACGCGCAAAUAGACAAGGAGGCUCUGGCGAUCGUGGCGGGGGUCCGCAAGUUCCAUGAGUAUCUGUACGGGCGGAGGUUCACCAUAGCCACGGACCACAAGCCCCUCUUAGGCCUGCUGGCCCCAGAUCGACAAACCUCCCAAAUCCUGUCACAGCGCGUGUUGAGGUGGAAUCAAUUCCUCAACUCCUACACUUACACACUGGUACACCGGGCCGGCAAGGCUAUGGGUCACGCUGACGCGCUCAGCCGCUUGCCGCUUCCGGAAAUGGGUCCAGACCCCGCCCCCGCACACCAGGUCAUGCUGAUGGAAAGCCUCCCAGAGCCGCCCCUUCACGCAGCGGAGGUCGCCAAGGCCACCCAGAAACAUAAGACACUUGCACGGGUGCUCGACUGGGUGGUGAGGGGGUGGCCAGAGGGGAACAUGGGGGAAGAUUUCAAACCCUAUAAGGUCAGGAGGGAGGAACUAGCGGCACACAAGGGGUGCCUACUAUGGGGGAGUAGGGUGGUGAUUCCGCCCCCGCUGCAAAGGCGGGUUCUAGAAUCCCUCCAUGAGACCCACCCCGGCAUAGUUCGCAUGAAGGCCCUGGCCAGAAGCUACGUCUGGUGGCCGGGAAUGGACGGGGAAAUAGAGAGUUGGGUCCGCAGGUGCCAGACGUGCCAGGAGUCGCGGCCCGAGCCUCCCAGCGCCCCCGCCACUAGGUGGGAGUCCACCAGGAAACCAUGGUCGAGACUCCACCUCGACUUCGCGGGGCCAUUCCAGGGGCAGAUCUUCAUGAUAAUUGUGGACGCCUACACCAAAUGGCUUGAGGUCAUCCCCGUAGGGUCCACCACGUCCGCAGCCGCAAUCCGAGCAUUACGCAGGGUCUUAAGCACACAUGGUAUCCCGGACACCAUAGUCUCGGACAAUGGGACCGCUUUCACA